AUGCAAAACAAUAUUAAAAAAGUGUACAGAACCCUUCAUCAUUUGAUGAUCUGUUUUAUUGUUCUGUCGUGUCUUGCAGUAGCAGUAUGCCUGCUGAACGUAAGAAGCCUGUCAACAUGGAGGAGAGAGAGACGGCCUCCUUCGGGAACAAAGACAGAGAUGCAGACAGACAGGCCGCCGCAUCCCGAGACAAGAGCAAAGACGACUCCAAGAUGAGCGGAAAGAAGGACGGAGGCAAGACGGCGGACGAGAAGAAGAGACGGGCUGAGGAGGACAAGAGGAAGAAGGAGGAGAGGGAGCGAAAGAAGAAAGAGGAGGAGAAGCAGAGGGCAGAGGAGGAGCAGAAGAAGAAAGAGGAGGAGGAGAAGAGACAGCAGGAGGAGCAGGAGAAGAAGCUCCUGGAGGAGGAAGCCAAACGACAGAAAGAGGAAGAGGCUGCACAGCUCAAGGAGAAGGAGGAAGCCGAGCAGCUCCAGCAGGAGGCCUGGGAGCGUCACCACGGCCGGAAAGAGCUUCGAGCCAAGAACCAGCACGCCCAGGAGAUGCGUCCCGAGGAGGCCUUCUUCAGCCGCCUGGACUCCAGCCUGAAGAAGAACACGGCGUUCGUCAAGAAGCUCCGCACGCUCACCGAGCAGCAGCGCGCCUCGCUCUCGCAGGACUUCGACUCGCUCAACCUCAGCAAGUACAUCGGCGAGGCCGUGAGCUCCAUGGUGGAGGCCAAGCUGAAGAUCUCAGACGUGGGCUGCGCCGUGCAUCUCUGCUCUCUCUUCCACCAGCGCUACGCCGACUUCGCUCCGCUCCUCCUCGCCGCCUGGAAGAGGCACUUCGAGGCCAGGAAGGAGGAGAAGGCGCCCAACGUCAGCAAGCUGCGCACCGACCUGCGCUUCAUCGCCGAGCUCACCAUCGUGGGUCUGUUCACGGACAAAGAAGGCCUGUCGCUCAUCUACGAGCAGCUGAAGAACAUCAUCGGCGCCGACCGGGAGACGCACACUCACGUGUCCGUCAUCAUCAGCUUCUGCAAGCACUGCGGAGACGAUAUCGCCGGGCUGGUGCCGAGGAAGGUCAAGAACGCCAUGGAGAAGUUCGGCCUGUCCUUCCCUCCCAGUCAGAUCAUCAACGCGGAGAAGCAGCAGCCGUUCCAGAACCUGCUGAGAGAGUACUUCACCUCCCUCACCAAACACCUGAAGAAAGACCACCGAGAGCUGCAGAACAUCGAGAGGCAGAACAGGUCGGUCUGGAUGCGCUUCGCAGAUACAGCAGUGUUCCCUUUACACUGUAAAGAGGCUCCGGUUUGG